UAUUAUGUUUAAUAGUUAAUUUUAAUGUUAUGUAUAAUUCGUUAUACUCAAUAAAUUAUUUUCUCACGCUUUUCUUCUUUUAUUUUUUGCACAAACCCUUUUUCCUCUUGUUGCUAUUAAGUGACGUCACGAACGAAACUUCAUUUUGAACUAUUAAAGUAGCUCGUAAAGUUACAUAUAAAACAAUUUAGUUUAGUUUUUUCAAUAAAAUGCUAUUCAAACUAGCCUUUAAAAAUAGUAAUCACAAAUUUUUAAAUACAUAAAUGUCAUUGAAUUCUAGCAUUUCUACAUUUUUGAUUUGAAAACAAAUGGAUAUGAACAACAUUUAAAUCCUAACCUGUAAGUUAGAUGCAUGCUGUGCCCUGUAAAGUAUUGUAAUUUAGUUCAGCUUAUAUUUAACUGUCAAACAUACUAAACACUUACUUAUGAAGUACACAACACAAAAUAUCAAUUGUUCCAUAAUUUGAAUAGCUAUAACAUUCAGAUUGAGUGUCUGGAUGAAUUAUCUAGAGAUCUUAGACAAUAGACUAUUAUUCUCUUAACUCGAAAAAAUUAAAAAUGAACGUAUCCCUAUAAGUUAUGUAGUCGAAUAUCAAAAUCGACAAUGAUACACAUACAACAUUAUUAUUAAAGUUUUGUAGAACAAUCAAAGUAGGGAAACCCUUAGUACAUUCCACGCAACAAAAUUUGCCAAAUAACAGGAAUCCUUGACAAAUGAGCGCGAGAUAGCGUUAUCGCGACCCGGCGACCUCUAGCGGCCGACGCUCUGACCUACUCUCCGCACAUCUUUUACUUUGUUAUAAUUACAUGUUUAUUAAGGUACAUAUUUGCGUGUGCGUACAUCGGCACGAUUAUUAAAUAUCUAUUUAUAUACACGCUCAUAAAAAAAUCUCACUUCUGGUGAGACCAGAGUUAACCGGAACAGUAUUUUAGUGCACUUUAUUUCAUUCCAUAAAACUCUUAUCGCAAACACUUAUGAAAUUCGUUAGGCGCACCUAGAUUAUGAAAAGAGUUAAUAGAAUCGAAAGAUAAAUCAGUAUCGGCGCAGGACUCAUCGGUAAUAUCUGAUAAGGCUCAGAUAGCCGCUAUCACGGGCUCGGCCGGCGCAAAGCCGAGUUUUAUGUUUUCGCACUGAGCUGCCCGCUACGACACGCGUUUUCUGUCACCACGAUUGUAGUUUUUCCGGUACCGAUAACUAGGAAUACAAAACCGCAAUGUGAGGCGUUCGUCGCUUCAGGAUGAGUAAACAAAGUGGCUGCGAGGAAACUAGAACAUUAACUCCGUGAUAGUGUAGUGUGUAGUGUCGAUGUGAAUGUUGAAUGCCAUGUACUUGUGUGCGGUGUUGUGUGCGCUGUGGUGGGGCGGCGCGCGUGCGCAGUCCGUCACGGUGGUGCAGCAGACCUUACAUUACGAUGAGGUUUACACGCUGUCUCUCAAUAGCAGUGUCGAGUUCUUAUUGGACUUUAAUCCGGUAUCCAUGGUACCAGCCGAUAUACCGAGCGUGGUGUGGCUGCGAAGCGACGGCGGCGACACCUCGCACCCCGUGCUCGUCACCUCCAGGCAACGCACAGGUGCAGUGACCUGGCAGCUGCCGUACGAGAUGGAGGGGCGCACGCUGUUCGAGCUGGAGCGCACGCUCUGCCCCGACGACAUCGCCGCCGCGCCCGACACCAACAAUACUGAAUGUUCGAAGGAGUUGCGUGCGUUCUCUCUGCACGUGUCGACGUCGUGUGCGAGCGCCACGCUCAGCGUGCGCGUGGCGCUGCCGCCCGUCUGGAGACUUGUAAAGGACCAACCUAUCGCCUUCAACGCUACGAAGUCUGCGCCGCGCGUGCUGCACUACCGGUUCGCGGGCGGCGAGAGCAGCGUGCGGCUCGUCGUCUCCUCCGACACCGUCACCUGCGCCACGCUCUCCGUGCAGAACUAUACGUGCCCAAUUAAACAGACAAACGAGGAAGUAGUAUUUGGCUUACGGCUCACCAUGAUGCGCUCUGGGGCGAUGCAAAUUCCGCGUUCGCAGUACCCGCUUGGGUUCUACAUAGUGCUGAUAGUGCUGCAGUCAGACGCGGCGUGCGACACGGCGGCGGAGCCCGAGCCCGACUGGCUGUGGAGCGCCGCGCUGUGGGGCUCCGCCCCGCACCUGCACGCGCAGCAACAGCGCCUCAAGGAAUUCACUGUCACCAUACAGCCGUCGCUGUCCCGCACGCAGUACGCGGUGGCGGCGGGCGCGACGCUGGCGCUGUUCCUGUCGUUCUACGCGGUGGCCGGCGCGCUCGUGCUGGCCCAGCGCUGGCCGCCCUUCGCCAAGUACGUCGCGCCCAAGGCCGUGCUCGCCAAGCCUGAUAGCGGUUUGUCAGAAGCCCAAGUUACCACAACCACUGUAGAUGGCGCCACUACACUGUCCCCAUCAAACAGACGCCGGCAGUCGAAUGACACGUACGACAUGAGCGACGACAGCGACACGGACGAGGAAGCGACGGACGUGAGCGAAGUGCGCAACAACACGUCACAACACGACGCGUCACGCAACAACGUGACACAACAGGACACACCGCGCAACGGCGCUGCUCCCAUCACUGAUACUAGUCAGGAUAAUGCCGUGCAGGGCCCGUUCGGGCUGCCGGCGCGGCUGCGGCUGGCGGCGCUGGCGCGGCGGCGCGGCCGCACGCUGCGCGCGCGCUCCGACCGCUACCUGUCCAUGCUCUACACCGUCGCCGUGUUCUACUCGCUGCCCGUCAUACAGUUCGUCAUCGCAUUCCAAGUUGCGAUGAACUUCACGGGCUCGCUGGACAUCUGCUACUACAACUUCCUGUGCGCGCACCCGGCGGGCGCGCUGGGCGACUUCAACCACGUGUUCUCCAACCUAGGCUACUUGCUGCUCGGCGCGCUCUUCAUGCUGCAGGUGCGCCGCCGCCGCGCCAGGCGCAGGAAGCAGCCCAGGGAUGAGGACUACGGUAUCCCGGCGCACUACGGGCUGCUGUCCGCGCUGGGCGCCGGCAUGAUGGUGGUGGCCGUGCUCUCCGCCAGCUACCACGUGUGCCCCAAUGCACUCAACUUCCAGUUUGACACUGCGUUCAUGUACGUGCUGGCGGUGCUGAGCAUGGUGAAGAUCUACCAGGCGCGGCACCCCGACGUCAACGCGCGCGCGCACGCCACCUUCGGCGUGCUCGCUGUUAUCAUCGCGCUCGUUGUAUGGGGCGUGCUGGGUCAGGGUCCACUUUUCUGGGGCAUAUUCACAGUGCUGCACAUUUUCACAUUCCUGCUGCUCUCUCUUAGGAUCUACUACCUCGGACAGUUCCGUCUCGAGAAGCAAUACCUGGCGGCGGCGGCGAGCGAGCUGCGCCGCGACGCGCGGCCGCUGUACGGCGCGCGCCUCGUGCUGCUGCUCAUCGCCAACGCGCUCAACUGGCUCUUCGCCAUCUACGGCCUGCUGAAGCAGGGCGCGGACUUCGCGUCGCACAUCCUGCAGGUGCUGCUGGGCAACACGCUGAUGUACAUGGUGUUCUACCUGGCCAUGAAGGUGGUGCACGGCGAGCGCGUGCGCUGGUACUCGUGGGCGAUGCUGGCGGGCGCCGCGGCCACGUGGGCGCCCGCGCUCUACUUCUUCGUGUCGGGCAGCACCGACUGGUCCUCCACGCCCGCUGAGUCGAGGCAUCGGAACCAUGAGUGCAAGGUGCUGGAGUUCUACGACUCGCACGACCUGUGGCACAUGCUGUCGGCCGUGGCGCUGUAUCUCUCCUUCAACACCAUGCUCACGUGGGACGACGGACUCUCCGCCGUCAAGCGAACCGAGAUCGCUGUCUUUUAAUACAAUAAACUGUUUUAUAACAA